AUGGGUCCCACCGUCCGCCACUCCCAGAACCUGGGGCAGCUCAUUGAGUAUAUACCUGACCGGCUCUACCUUGGCGCCUACAUCACACCGCCCACGACCGACACCCUCUUCCCUACGCCGCCCGAAUCGCCGCGGAAGCGAGCCCAACGGUCGGUCGAAGGCCGUGCCGCGCCACCGUCCAGCUCCCGCUCGCCGCCCUGCUACUUUACGAUUGACGAUACCCUCUUCUACAAUGCCUUUCACCACGACUUUGGCCCGUUGCACAUUGGUCACCUCUACCGCUUCGCCAUUCGCUUUCACGAUAUCCUAGGUGCCAAGGAGAACAAGGAUCGUCCCGUCGUCUUUUGGAGUGCUGCUGAUCCCAGAAGCCGUGCCAAUGCAGCCUGCAUGCUCGCAUGCUACAUGGUGCUCAUCCAGAACUGGCCGCCGCAUCUCGCCCUCGCCCCCAUUGCCCAGGUCGACCCGCCGCUGAUGCCCUUCCGCGACGCCGGCUAUAGUCAGGCCGACUAUGGCAUCACCGUCCAGGACGUCGUCUACGGCGUCUGGAAGGCCAAGGAGGAAAAGUGCAUCGACCUCGACAACUUUGACCUCGACGAGUACGAGCGCUUUGAGCGUGUCGAGCACGGCGACUUCAACUGGGUCACGCCCAACUUUCUCGCCUUUGCCUCGCCCCAGCACACCCCCGUCGCCAAGAUGACGGAAGACUCGGAGCUCUUCAAGCUCCUGCCCAGAGAUCUCGACGCUGUCGACGCCCACGCCACCCUCCCCGCUCCCUUCAAGAAUAUCCUAACACACUUUGCCGAGCGCAAUAUUGGCCUGGUCGUGCGCCUCAACUCGCACCUCUACUCGCCCUCGUACUUUGAGGCCCUCGGCAUCCAGCACAUUGACAUGAUCUUUGACGACGGCACCUGCCCACCGCUCACCACGGUCCGCAAGUUUAUCCGUCUUGCCCAUGAGAUGAUUACCGUCAGGAAGAAGGGAAUUGCCGUUCACUGCAAGGCCGGUCUAGGCCGCACAGGGUGCCUGAUUGGCGCCUACCUCAUCUACCGCCACGGCUACACCGCCGACGAGGUCAUUUCCUUUAUGCGCUUUAUGCGCCCCGGCAUGGUAGUCGGUCCCCAGCAGCACUGGCUGCAUCUCAACCAGGGAACCUUCCGCGAGUGGUGGAUCGAGGAGCGCGUCGAGCGUAGAUUACGACGUGAGAUGGCAGCAUCGAACCCGGUACCCAGCACACCCAUCCGGGCCAUGCAGAAGAGCUCAAUCCGCAACGGGCAAUUAUCCACACCCCCCAACCGCAGCCCCUCAAACCGCACGCCACUGAGCGAGGUUGAGGACCGCAGCAACCAAGCUCACAACCAGGAAGACUACUUGCCCGCACCUACCCCCGGCCAACCCAGAAAGACACGCUCAGAGCGACACCACCCGUACCACCGCUCAGGCACGACGACAAUCGAGGAGGGUCAAAGUAUCCAGCAGGAGACGGAGGUCGUGGCCGUGCAACGCCACUCUGCGGGCGGCGUUUCUGGUGACUCGGAAGAAGAGCUUCUCGUACGGAUGCGCAGCUCCCGCAAGGCGUCCCAGUCGCCCAUGCGCAGUGAGAAGUCGCCCAUGCGGUGCGAAAAGUCGCGAUCCGUGAGCCAGACCACGUCGACGACGACGACAAUCUACAUGAUUGACAAUGACGCAUCGCAAGACGCCGAGAACAUUGGCGCCGGCCGACCACCCAAGGCGGUAGAGCGCACGCAGAGCGCCUCGGCCACGCUGCCCCGCGUGCGCGCCAGCCGUCGCGGCGCCAUGCCCGAGUCCCCUCUCCGCAGCAAGGACUCAUCGUCAGCCGGCGUCCGCAAGACGAGUGGUCGCGUGGGCAGCGUUGGUCAGGGAACCUCUGCUGCCGCCAUGGCGACCGCCCGCAAGGUGUCGGGCGCAUAG